CAGAAUAGUUUACAAUGGAUCCUCUGCCCUGAGUGAUACGGGAGAGCUGUGGCCGCCUCAUUCCCUUGAGCCGACCUGUCGAACAGGCUUGUCAUCUUGCACGGAAAGCCCUGAAGGAGAGACAACAUGGAGCCUGAGUCUCCCAAACAGCGAUACCCCAAUCGUGAGCUCGCCCAGUCAGGAGGGUUAGCACAAAAUAAGGCAGAUUCAAUGGAGUCUCAUUUUGCUGGGGAUUCUAACGUCAGUAUUUCCGCACAGAAUGGCAGCAACAUUUCAGCGCCUGUGUUAUCAAACCUAAGGGUGACAGGAAACAUAAACAUAACCAAUUAUUUUACAGAAUCUGCAGAUGAAAUCACAGAUACGACCACAUUGAUCACAGAAUACAAGAAGUCUAUACUGUCCGAGUAUGCAUACUUGACAGAAUACACCUCUCGUGCUGGUGAACAGGUGCUGCUGAAUGAUCGUUACAUUGACCCGAUGAUUGUUCAGAGACACAAAGAAAGAGAAGAGAAAGAGCAGGAGAUGCGUUCAAGGGGGGAAAAGUUCUUCAGCUUCAGAACCAAUCAGAGAAACAAAUCCAUCAGCCUUGAUCGACUUUUUAGUGCAGAAAGCGAGGCUCACAAAUACGUGCCGAGAGCUGUCAUUCUCCAGGGAGACUCUGGAAGCGGGAAAUCCAUCACAGCUCAGAAGAUCUUUCUCGACUGGGCCUCUGGAGAGCUUUACGCUGCACACUUUGAUGUGGCGUUUUAUCUCAGAUGCCAAGAGAUCAAUAAUCUCUCCGAUGAGAUGAGUCUGGUUGAAAUCUGUGACAGCAGUUUAACUCCAAAUGAGAUUGCUCGGAUCUUAAAGGACACAUCACGGAGAACUUUGUUCAUUAUCGAUGGCUUUGACGAACUCAUUUUGUCUGCGCCCAAAUACUCACUUCCACCAAAACCAGACAUCAAAGGCCGUCCGUCGACCAUCCUCUCCUCUCUUCUUAAAGGAAGGAUGAUGAGAGAUUCAUGUCUGCUGGUCACUACAAGGUCAGCAGCUCUGGAUAAUCUUCUGGGUGUUCUUAAAAAACCCCAAAGUUUCAUGGAGAUCUUGGGUUUCUCAGAGAAAGGAGUGAUUGAGUACUUCCGAAAGUUCUUUGAGGAUGAAAAGUUCUCCGAACAAGUGUACGAGCAGGUGAAAGUGCACGAGAUGCUCUACACCGUUUGCUUCGUUCCUGUCUUCUGCUGGAUCAUCUGCACGAUUUUUAAGAAGAAAGGGAAAGACGCCGUCAGAACGAGCGAGCUGACCACCACCACCUCUAUUUUUGUUGACUUCAUGUUCACAAUCUUGAAACAUCAUUGUAAUUUAGAUGGUUAUAAAGAGUUUGACCUCCUCAAGAGUCUGGGCCAGCUAGCGGAAACUGGAACGCCGAAACGUCAAAUCCUGUUUCACAGAAGCAGUCUUCCGAAAGCAAUCUCAGAUGUUACGAAUGUUCCUUUUUUGUGCACGUUUCGCCAACAGGACAGAACGUUCCUCAAUGAGAGGUUUGGGUUUAUGCACCUAAGCUUUCAGGAAUUCUUCUGCGCUCUCUCCUACAUGUUGACCGACAAAUCACAGGUAAAAACAAAAGUUAAGAGACUUCUCGAAUCAGCUGGCAAUGGGAGGUGCAACGACCAUCUCUUACCUGUAAUCCGGUUCCUCUUUGGUCUCUCCAAUAAGAAGGUGAGCCGUCUUUUCAUGGGGGAACAACGGCGGUCGACGUCUGCUGUCAUUCGGGCGCAGCUGGAGAAGUGGAUCAUCAGAGUGCUACUCAAGAACAUCAUGGACACGUUUUACAUGAGCGAUUUUAUUCUUCACUGUCUUUACGAGCUUCAUGACAGGGACGUUUUGAAGAAAGUCAUGAAGCUGUGGGAAGGGUUGGGUAUUCAGAUACACUGGACUUUGAAGGGGAUCGACUGUCAGGUUGUCAUGUAUUGUCUUCAGUACAGUACAUACAUUAGCAAUAUGGAACUUAGGUGCAGUGCAGAAAAUCUGAAAGCGCUUCAUUCGGCACUCUGCAGGUGUAACACACUGAGGUUGUAUUUUAACUACAUGUCUGACACGGAUGUCGAUCUCCUGAUAUCAGCGCUGGGGAGGAAGAAGAACAUCAUCAAUCUGAUAAUUGAGGAUGGGGAUCUAUCAGAUGAGAGUUUGCUGAAGAUCUUAAAAAGCCUCAACGAGCAACAAUCCGUGGGUAACAUUCGCCUCUCAGCGAGGAACAUCACCUACACCAAUGCAGAUUUAACCAUGAACUUCCUCAUUAAAAACAUGAUGGGGAAAGAGUUUAGCAUUUGCAUCGCCAGUCAUGCAGAUGACAGAGAGCAGAGUCUUUGCUCGGAGUUCACAAUGGAGAGCAAAAAUAAUUCCUUCUGGCUGACUGUUGGGCACACAGAAGAGGGUCGCUUUGAUAUCUUGAAAAAAUAUGGUGCACAUUAUUAUCAGGCUCUUUCAAAAAUAUCCUUCGCUCUCUCGGAUCUUUCCACAAUAUCAGCAGUUGAUUGGAGGGAUUUCCUUGAGAUAUGCCAUCACCUCAGAUGCUUCUCGGACGUAAAAGACAAAGAAUUUAAUGAGAAUGUGGAUUUACUUCUGUCAUACCUGAAAUCUGUUCCUGGUUUAGUUGAGGUUGACUUACGCACUGAACACCUGACAGAGAUUUGGACCUCUAGGAUUCUUUCAUUUUUUCAACUGAAUCCUAAAAUCUCUCACAUUACGUUUCAUGUGAGCAACCUCAUGAUAAGUGAUGUGGAAAGAGUCUGUUCAACAUUUUCUGCCUCUAGAAAUCCAUAUGUGCCGUACAAGAUGCAUGACAGUGAAAGAGAUAAUCCCUCUUUGCUUCUAUCGAUGGACAGCUGGGCUUAUCAUCUAAACCGUAGCAGUGAAAAGCUGAUCAGUUCACACCCAUGUGAUAAACCAAUUCUUGUAAAGCUCAACCUCGGUGUUACUCCUCUGGAAGGUUCUUGUGUCAAUUGGGAGAAACUUUUCAGGACGAUAUACCGACUUAUCCCGUUGAAGGAAAAAUCACCAGACCUGGAUGAGAGUGUAGAUUCUCUUUUGGUGUUUCUUUACUCUGUUCCUGGUCUUAAGGAAAUCAAACUGUGGUUAAACAGUCUGAAUGAGAUCUGGGCUGCUGGGCUGAUCGCUCUCUUUAUGUCUUGUUCCAAUUUACUUCAUCUUCAGUUGAAAACUAGUUUUUCUCGUGUUGUUGAUUCAGAAAGUCUAGGCAUGGUAAGACAAGAUGGAAUGAGAUUGUCUGUUGGAUGUAACCAUGUGAAUUAUAUAGAUGCCUUUGACAUCAGCUCAUCUGAAACUCCAGUACACAAAGUGCUUCCCUGCAUCACCAUUAGAGUAACAGACGAGUCUGAGAACAGAAACACAGACUGGACAAGAUUCUUUCAUAACUACAACCAGCUGAAAGUCUUGACUGAAUAUUGUUUGGAGUAUGAUGAACGUGUGGCUGACCUGCUGUCUGUACUGCGCUCUCUGUCUGGUCUGAAGGAUCUGAAUCUCACGUUUAGAUUCCUGACCGUUGAGGGAGCCUCCAGAGCCCUGGACCUCCUUCAGACGAACUCCAGUCUGAGAUCAGUGAAAUUUUUGGCCAUUAGGCUGCAAAACAUGAAGCCUGACCUGAAAUUUCCACUCUUCAGGACCAGUGAAAGUGAAGAGGACAGUGAUUCAGUAAGACUAAACCGCUUUGGGAUUCAGCCUGCAGGACAGGAGGAUAGUGAUGAAGAGAGCUCGUCUUCCUCCCUCAGUGACUACAUCAAUGACAUCAGGGAUUCUGAUAAAUUGGACAACACAGAACAUCUGUGCUCCUCUGAGAUUCUCUCCUGUGAACUCAGAGUGCACAGAAUGACCAGUGAUAGUGACAAUGCACCAGAAAAUUGGAGGGUUGUUUUGAAAAGCAUUGCUUCCAGUCUAAAUUCAAUGUCACCUCUUACGUAUCUGACACUCACCCUGUCUAAAACCUCAGGAGGAACCAGCAGUGACUGGAGGACCUUCCUAGCAGCGUAUAACCAAUGCAAAGGCAUAAAUAUAGGGGGCUCACAGUUCAACGAGUGUAUAGAUGCUCUUCUGCUCUCACUUUAUUCACUGUCUGGUUUGAUUCAGCUGGAUAUGUCCACUGGCAGUCUGACUGAGAACUGGGCACCAAAGAUCUUAUCCCUGUGUUAUGCAUAUUACAGUCUACAGAACAUCUGUUUGCGUGUGGACAAUGACAGGAGACACAGUGACCUCAAUGUAUGUUCAUCUCUCAACAUCACCAAAAAAGUCAAAGACUCCAUGGUGACAGUUGAUAUUCAGGCAGCCCAUAAAACCAUCAGAACAAUCCCAUCAUGCAUUUCAUUCACAUUACCCUGUUCAACAAUUCUCAAAAUAGAUGGACAUGAACUUCUUGAAACUUUGGAUUUACUUAAAGGUUUAGAAGAAAACUGUGAAGAGCACGAAGAGUAUUUGGGCGAUUUGAUGUCCAUCUUGCUCUCUGUUCCUGGUCUGCAGAGGGUCACGCUCAACAUUGGCAAUCUAACAGAGACCUGGGUGAGAAGGAUCCUGUCACUCGCCGAAGUCUGUCCUGAUCUUCAUGAAAUCAAAUGUCACUGUAUAGAAGGUGCUGGUUUGGUGUUGGAGGAGAAUGUGGGGAUUCUGCAGAGAUCUCAGAUGGAUUCAGACUGCUUGAUUAUUAUUACGGGGGUGAAGUUGGGUAAAGGUUCAGAUAUGAGCAAUCACAUGAGGAUGGUAACAUCCAGUGCAUCAUCCUGCAAUGAGAGAGUCAAACUCACCUUCUGCAAGAACACACUUUCAACAGUUGUGCUGAUAGAUAAAAAUUAGUCUGAAGAAGAAGAGUUAUAAAUGUGAAUAUAUUUAUUGAAUGAAAUGUUAAUUUAAUUAAAGACAACCACCACUGUGUUGCAGUAUAAACCCUAGAUUCUUAAGUAACACAACAUGUUUAAAUUAAAAUGUGUACACUCAUGUAUAGACACUGGAUAUAACUGUAAUUAUACUUUUAAAUCUUGUUGACUUCUGAUGACCAAAUUACUUAUAAAAUAUAACAGUCUAUUAAGAUUUUCAUAAAUAAGAUCCACUAUGAAAACCCAGUUAUGUCUUAAUGAACUUCGAUCUCUUUUCGGUACAAAGAAUGUCAGCAUUUCCUAGUUUUAAAAAAAGCCUAAAGGGCAAAGAAGACUCUGAAUUUAGUUUACCAAACCACAAUGUAUCUGCCUGACACUUCUGCAUAAAGUUAAUAAAAGAACAUAGUGUGGUUAAAUAGAUAGAGCACUAUGUUGCUCAGAGGUUAAUAACGGCUACAAACAACACUCAGUAUACGUUACUAAACAACAACGUUGGACAGACAAACAUAUAAACUAUUUCUUUGAUUUUAAGUCACAAUGAUAGACAGGUGAUUCAUCUACCGCAGGUUAUGUCAAGAACAUGAGACAGGAUGGAUGUCAAAAGAAGUGUGCACUAACACAAGCUACUCUAAGUAGUGUACGUUCCCAGUGCACCAGAUAAAAUGUAUUUCAACAUUUUUAUUUACUUUGAUUGUAUGAGCAAUAAAAAUGUGCACAGA